CGGGAAAGCGCGAAAUUCGUUCGUCUGUUGUUUCAGUUUCACUCGAAGCAGGCAGUGCUCAGUCUACCAAUGAACUUCGUCGAUGCGCGACAGCACUCUUGAUAAUUCUACGCCGAAGUUAAAUUUGAAGACGCGACUUAACGGAACCUUGCUGGGCGUUUUUUUGAAAACAGUUUUCGGCAAUUGUCAGUGGAAAACUUUUAGUUUUGUGGUUUUAAUUGUGCGGGGAUUUUAUUUUAGUAUACCUCUGUGAGUGAAUUUAAUGUGGUUCCUUCACAUUGAUUGAUGAUGGUGUAUUAAACGGCUGGCAAGUGUAAAGUAUGCGAUCUUUAGAGAUGACUGCGACAUGGCAUGAAGAAGAAGAGGAUGUAGAAGUCGAAGAAAUGGAGUUAAGAAAACAUAAUAAUGGAAAUAACGGGGAGGGGGGUAGAGACGAUCUCACAGAAUCCAGUAGUGAUGAAGCCACUGGCAAAAAAAGGAGGAAACAUGGAGGAAGUGCAUCAAGCGGAAGCGCUUCCAGUGGCGUAACAAUACGACGGCGGAAAACAUGCAUAAGUGCGAGGGAGAGAAACUUACGAAGACUGGAAAGCAACGAGAGAGAACGGAUGAGGAUGCAUUCGCUUAAUGAUGCAUUUGAGCAACUAAGAGAGGUCAUUCCACACAUUAAAAUGGAGAGAAAACUGUCAAAAAUCGAAACGCUAACGUUAGCAAAAAAUUACAUUAUGGCCCUUACAAAUGUUAUAUGUGAAAUGAGGGGCGAGGAGAAGCAUUACACUUUCCAAGAUGUCGAGAGCAACAGCGACGUCGAGCUAGAAACAGAGGAACAACAGACAAAUCCGACAACAGCGCGGGAACAAAACAACAACAACAUGUACCAGCAAAAUCUAGAGUCCCAUCCCGAAAACACCAUGGUGAACUCCCGCUAAAAAGUGCACGAAAGUUAUGUGAUUGUUAAACAUCUAAGGGAUGCCCCAAGAAGAAUUAAUGAGUAAAUUUAUUGGGACACCCUUUAUAAAGACAUUAAAUUUAACAAAGAAUUAAAAAAUGUGAAGAAACUUUUUAAAUAUUAAUUAUUAUUACUGUCUAUAUAUGCCAAACAUCUCAAUUACUAUAUCGUAUAUACCUACUAUUCUACAUUCCACUAGUUAAGAAAAUUUAUUGUAAAAAUAUUGUAUAUAUAUACAAUGUAUAUUAAACAUACCUAUAUAGUAUAUAACAUAAAAAGUCGUUCAGAAUAUAGUAAUAUAAAUGAUCAUGAUUUGACAUUUGAAACUUGUCACCAUUAGUCUAGACCUUAUUGUGUAUUCUGAAUGACUUUUUUUACAUGUGCAUAUCCACAGCCUAAAUCUGGCUCAUGUCUGAUUAUUUUUUGUUUAACUAUUAAUAUGCUAUUGUGAUUUUUUUGUGCUUCCCUUUUUAAUAUUAAUGAUAUACAAGGUGGUUCAAAACUUUCCGUUUGGAACACCCUAUAUAUUUUAUAUUUUUGUAAAUAAGAUUUACUUAAUUUUUUUUAUGGUUGUAUAAUUUAUGUAGGUAUUUAAGUACCGUAGGUAUUUAAGUACGCGUAUUUAGUUUGUAAGGAUUUGGAGAUUAUAAAUAUGUUCGAAAUCUCAGAUUUGGAAUGUACCAUAUUUACUGCUUAUGACAAUUUUAAGAUUACAAAAAACACAAUAAAAACAUAUUUUGCAUUGUUUUAGUGCAAACUUCCUGUAUUUAUUUAUUGAAAAAAACGUGUUUUUUUAAUCUACGUCAAAAACAUUAGGUAUAAUAUGAAAAUACAUAAACUGUAUUUUUUAGUGUUUAGCAAAAUGUGGACAUAUUACUAAAAGUUACCUAAAAGGGUAUCUUGAAAUACUCUCUCUAUAUAUACAGGGUGAAUCAAAACAACUUAAAAUGUUUGCGAAUAUUGAGGUUAUUUUGCUACACCUUUUAUAAAUGUAUGCUCAACCCUACUUUUUUGUUUUUUCGUAAAAAAUUCGUCAAUUUAUCGACCAUUUCCCAACAAUAGAUAUUUUCGUUCGAAUUUUUUAUUUAAAUACAAAUCAUUUGAAGCAUAAGUUCCAAAUGUAAAAUGUGAUAUUGUAGAGAAAACUUGUCAAAAGUUUUUGUUUUAGUUUAAAAAAUAUUAUGAAGAAAAAAUUUAUGUAUAUGAUA